CGACAGAUCAGUAUUUUUGACAUUGUUGAAUAAAUUGUGGUGUAGCUUAAACACUCGGCCGAGUUUCUAUUUCAAGCAAUAUAAAGUGAACAAACAAUAUGAAAUCGUUAUUACUAUUCGUACUUCUAUUCUAUUGUUACGCUGAUCACGCUUCUGCUUUUGACGAAAGCAAAGUUGUUUUCUGCAUAUUUGAGAACAAUCCGCGAAAUGUUUCAUAUUUAGAUUUUAUGGUGCUACCUCAAACGGGAUUCGAUGCAGAUUUACCUACUGUUUUCGUCAUUCAUGGAUAUCUGUCUGGAUAUACAUUGCUAGAUAAAUUUCAACGAGCCUGGCAGCAUCUAUCGCCCAAAAUGAAUCUGAUUGGAAUUGAUUGGUCAAAGGGAUCGACAGAUUUUAACUACAAUCAAGCUGUAAGAAAUAUCCCAACAGCUGGCAGUGCUGUCGGACGGUUUAUCAUGGAUGCAAUUAGAAAUAGACUCAUAACGAACCCGUAUAGUAUCCACAUCAUUGGUCAUAGUUUGGGGGCACAUGUUGCGGGUUUUGUUGGGAAAUAUAUGGCUUCGAGUGGACCAAAUCCACAGAUAUUGCGACAUAUUAGUGCACUUGAUCCAGCUGGUCCAACUAUUGGAAGUUAUGAAUGCUCUCGUCGACUUUGCUACACUGACGCUUCAUUUGUGGAAACCUUCUACACCAAUGGCGGAACUCUCGGUAUGUACAACCCAAUUGAAUCUCUUGACUUGUACAUGAAUGGCGGAAAGUCGCAGCCACAUUGCAUUCUUCCCACAUGUUCUCAUUCAUAUGCGCAUGAAUUGUAUCGACUUGCUUUGGAUCGAUUUCGCCUCGAUGGAUGGCUGUGUAACGACAUCAAACAAAUGGAAAAUGAGAAAUUUUGCAUGAACAACGGUAAUCCGCGCAAAUAUAGUGUCGAAAUCAUACAAAGAGGAUCAGCAAAUUUUGGUAUUGUGUAUGUACCUACUACAACCCUAAGAGACAAUGGAGACAAUGCUACAUCAACAAGAAAGAAAAUUCGCACAAAUCAAGCGGGUGACUUCACAACCGUCGUGUUUGGAGCUAACCUCAACAAUGCCGUGGUGCUCGUUUCGCUUCUAAGUGAUGAUGGACACCUUAUCAUUGAAAAACGUAACGACGAGGUUGUCGUUGUAAAUCCGGCCAAUGCUGCCUGGACACCCGAUCCAAAAUACCAUGUUUGCGGUGAAACGGAACCGCGACGCAUUGCCCAGCGUUUAAGUGAAUUGACAGGACCAUUCCGGUUUGUUAUCGCAUUUGAUGCCACCGACAUGUUCACCGAUCCAUUCUGGGAGAUGAUUUACUAUUUGGCAGAUUAUCAGAAAUCUGCGACAGACGUCGACGAAAUUCAAAUGAUUGCUAUGGACAUUCCACAUGAUGGUGUUCCAUUACAACGACAUUCCGACGAGUUGAAACGGGCAAUCGAGAAUGGACUUCAACCACAUCAUGCUGCCGAUGUUAGGAUGGCGGGAAUGCACGCUAUUGAAGAAACUGGUGUUGUUAGUCAAAUGGCAGAGCUUCAACAAGAACUGGUCGUUGUUAAAAACGCAGUCGGACAAUAUUUGAAUCGAAAUUCUGUCGACAACACAUUAAACCAAAUUGUUAAGGAAAAGUUGGAACAUAAAUAAUAAUCAACAAUGGUUUGUGUUACGGUAAAGAAUGUAUCAGGUCAUUGUUAUUUUGCUUUUUAUGACAGUUGCUGAAAUCAUAUCCAGAAACGAGAAUUUUAUUUUCACAAUAAACACAGAUUUACCAGUGUCGAAUAUCAAA